AUGGAAGUGUCUGCUGAGGGCGCGCCGCAGGGCACGGGACCGGUGCUGGUGCGCCGGCGGUCCCCAGGGUCCCUGGGGCUGCAUGAGAUGCUCAAAGCCAGGCUGUGGCACAGCUGCACGUGCAGCACACAGAGGGCCUGGACGCUGGUGCAGGACCUGCUCCCCGCCACCCACUGGCUGCGCCAGUACCGCCCGCGGGAGGCCCUGGUGGGUGAUGUUAUGUCCGGGCUGGUCAUUGGCAUCAUCCUGGUGCCCCAGGCCAUCGCCUACUCGCUGUUGGCAGGGCUACAGCCCAUCUACAGCCUGUACACGUCCUUCUUCGCGAACCUCAUCUAUUUCCUCAUGGGCACCUCGCACCACGUCUCCGUGGGCAUCUUCAGCUUGCUCUGCCUCAUGGUGGGCCAGGUGGUGGACCGCGAGCUCCUGCUGGCUGGCUUCGGGCCUGCCCAGGAGGGGCCCGGGCCUGGGGACAACAGCAGCACCAUCAACGCCUCGGCUGCUGUGGCGGGGCUCAGGCCGCAGGACUGUGACCAGGACUGCUACGCCAUCCGCGUCGCCACUGCCCUUACGCUGGUGGCCGGCAUCUACCAGGUGCUCCUGGGCAUGCUCCGGCUAGGCUUCGUGUCCGCCUACCUGUCUCAGCCGCUGCUUGAUGGCUUUGCCAUGGGGGCCUCGGUGACGAUCCUGACCUCCCAGCUGAAGCACCUGCUAGGCGUGCGGAUCCCACGGCACCAAGGGCCGGGCAUGGUGGUCAGCACGUGGCUGAGCCUGGUACGCGGUGCUGGGCAGGCCAACCUGUGCGAUGUGGUCACCAGUGCCACAUGCCUGGCCGUGCUGCUGGCCGGCAAGGAGCUCUCUGAGCGCUGCCAGCGCCGCCUGAAGGUGCCCCUGCCCACGGAGCUAGUGGUCAUCGUGGCGGCCACGAUGGUGUCCCAUUUUGGGCAGCUCCAUGAACGCUUUGGCUCCAGCGUGGCUGGCGACAUCCCCACGGGCUUCGUGGCCCCCCGGGUGCCAGACCUGGGGCUGAUGUGGCGCGUGGUGCUGGACGCAGUGCCACUGGCCCUCGUGGGCUCCGCCUUCUCCAUCUCUCUGGCGGAGAUGUUUGCCCGGAGCCAUGGCUACUCUGUGAGGGCCAACCAGGAGCUGCUGGCCGUGGGCUGCUGCAACGUGCUGCCAGCCUUCUUCCACUGCUACGUCACCAGCGCCGCGCUGUCCAAGACCCUGGUGAAGACGGCCACUGGCUGCCGCACGCAGCUGUCCAGCGUGGUCAGUGCCGCCGUGGUGCUGCUGGUGCUGCUGGCGCUGGCGCCGCUCUUCCGGGACCUGCAGCGGUGCGUGCUGGCCUGUGUCAUCGUUGUCAGCCUGCGUGGCGCCUUGCGCAAGGUCAGGGACGUCCCGCAGCUGUGGCGGCUCAGCCCAGCCGACGCACUGGUCUGGGUGGCCACCGCGGCCACCUGUGCGCUGGUCACCGUCGAGGUGGGGCUGCUGGCGGGCAUCCUCCUGUCCCUGCUCAGCCUGGCUGGCCGUACCCAGCGCCCGCGCGCUGCCCUGCUCGCUCAGAUUGGGGACUCUGGCUUCUACGAGGACACGGCGGAGUUCGAGGGCCUGGUCCCCGAGCCUGGGGUGCGGAUAUUCCGCUUUGCAGGGCCGCUCUACUACGCUAACAAGGACUUCUUUCUGCGGUCCCUCUCCAGCCUCACGGGGCUGGACGCAGGGCGUGCAGCCACCAGGAAGAAGGAGCGGGGCCUGGAGGCCAGGGUCAGUGAGGGAGACCCUGUCGAGGGCAUGGACCUGGGCCCAGGGACCAGCACGGCGGCCCUGGUGUCCACGGCAGCCGGCUUCCAUGCCGUGGUCAUCGACUGUGCACCCCUGCUCUUCCUGGAUGCAGCCGGUGUGGCCACGCUACGGGACCUACGCCGAGACUAUGCAGCCCUGGGAGUCACGCUGCUCCUGGCCUGCUGCAGCCCCUUGGUGCGGGACACCCUGAGGAGAGGCAGCUUCCUUGGGGAGGACCAGGGUGACCUGACUGAGGACGGGCAGCUCUUCCACAGCGUGCAUAGUGCCGUGCAGAGGGCCCGAGCCCGCCACAGGGUGCCAGCAGCCACGGACACCGCCCUCUAG